AUGUAAACUAGAACCGGUGAUUUGAAGCAGUGUUGACUCAUGCUUUUGUGAGUCAUGUUUUAGACUGAUAAUCACGGGGCAGCUUUAAUCCACAUACUUUCAGACGGAGAACGUCACGGAGAAACGCCAGCUCUAGUUUACACUCAUCAUACCCCCAGGAGGCUCUGCUUCCCAGCCCCUUUGUUCAGUCUAGCCGGUGGGUUGAGUCAGAGGGAGGCUGAGCUAACCCAACAAACCCAAACCACUGUGGGAACACGGACAAGAGCGAGAGGAGGCCCCGGGAAACAACUACCGUCACCGGGGAGACCAAACCGAGACUGUUGGCGUGAUAAAUUCCAAUCAGACAACAGAAAAGUUGCUGUUGAGUGUUGCUGAUGCUGCAUUUCGGAAGCAGUCUGGACGUGUAUGCUCAAUGUUCGUCUGCUAAAACAGAGAUUCAUGUCGGGUAUUGUCGCCUUGUGGUGGGUGCUUUAGCUAUCACCCAUGACUAAAAUGAACCGGCAGGCUAACUGCUAACCCAUCACCGGCGUGUUGCUGCUGACACUGUGCAGUUGUUGCCAUCAUCCACUGAUCCACGCUGACUCUCCCUUUCAGUUUCGGCUCAGCAUCCAUAUUUGCAUCCCAGGGAGUGGCAACCACUAAUCCCUCUUUAGCCUGGGAAGAAAAUUGAAAGUUCGCCGGUUGCCGGACACACCUCGGACGCACUAUUUCCCCACAGAUAGCUAAACAUGGAGAGUGACAGCCGCCACUCCCACAUCUAGUGCCUGAUCCAGACGCCUUCAUCACCCAGGGAGGAGCUCUCAGGUCCUGGCCAUCUUCCCUGCCUCUUGAGAAUGAAUAUGCUGAAGUCCAGUGGAUUGAAGAUCCCUGGCCGGGGGCCCAAGCAUUCCAGCCCAGUGGGAAGGACCUCAGGGGGAGGAACUUCCAGCCCCGUUGUCCCUAAAGACAACACUCCACUCAAGCCCACCACGCCGACUAAACUAACUGAAGAGGGCGACGAUGUUUUGGGGGACUACACAGUGGGUGAGCAGGUCUGGGUCAAUGGGGUCAAACCAGGAGUUAUCGCCUACCUAGGGGAGACCCAGUUCGCCCCUGGACAGUGGGCCGGCGUGAUCCUGAACGACCUAGUUGGCAAGAACGACGGUUCAGUGGGUGGUGUGCGCUACUUCGAGUGCCAGCCACUCCAGGGCAUCUUCACGCGGCCCUCCAAGCUCAACCGACAGCCGGUUGGAGAGGGUAGUGACAGCCUCUCCACCGACUCAGUCUCCGCUCAGAAUCAGACUCAGCAAGGUGGCAGUGGCGCCCCCCAGAGGGUGGUGCCUCUGAGAGAGGGGCUGCUUAACAGUGCAGUAAAGACAGGAAACGAGUCCGGAUCCAACAUGUCUGACAGCGGUUCUGUGAAGAAAGGAGGCGAGAAGGAUCUGCGGGUUGGAGAUCGAGUUUUGGUUGGAGGCUCUAAGAUGGGAGUCAUACGCUACAUGGGGGAGACAGACUUUGCAAAGGGGGAAUGGUGUGGGGUCGAGCUGGAUGAGCCCCUGGGCAAGAACGAUGGAGCAGUAGCUGGUACAAGAUAUUUUCAAUGUCUUCCAAAGUUUGGCCUUUUUGCUCCGAUCCACAAAGUGAUCCGCAUCGGUUUCCCGUCCACCAGCCCAGCCAAGGCCAAGAAGAGCAAGCGGGUAGCCAUGGGGGUCUCCUCUCUGGCCCACAGCCCCAGCAGCUCCUCCAUCAGCUCCGUCAGCUCUGUAGCCUCCUCUGUGGGUGGACGCCCCAGCCGAGCUGGACUGCUGACAGAGACAUCCUCACGGUACGCUCGUAAGAUCUCGGGCACCACUGCUCUGCAGGAAGCCCUGAAGGAGAAGCAGCAGCACAUCGAGCAGCUGCUGGCAGAGAGAGACCUGGAGCGAGCUGAGAUGGCCAAAGCAACAAGUCACAUCUUAGAGGUGGAGAAGGAGCUGAGCGUCCUCAAGGCACAGCAUGUGCAGUAUGUAACAGAAAAUGAGGGCACCCUACAGCAGGUCAAAGCCAUGCUGACGACCACACAGAAAGACAAACUAGAACUGGCCAAUCAGCUUGAAGAAGAGAAAAGGAAAGUGGAGGACCUCCAGUUCAGAGUAGAGGAGGAAUCCAUCACCAAAGGAGAUCUGGAGGGAAGAUGCUCUCAUGGUGCAGCAUCCUUGAGGUUGGGUAAGAGAACCAAGCAAACCACGGUUGAGGAGCAGAGUCGUAUCGUGCAGCUGGAGGAGGAGCUCAGCCAGCGGAAGGCAGAGAUCGAAAACCUGCAGACACAACUCAGAGGAACUGAAACGAGCCCGACUAACAAAGUUGAGGCCGCCCAGGGGUCCGACACCCAGGCGGAGGCCCUCCUCCAGAAAGAGCAGCCAUUGUCAGUGAGCCGAGUGCAGGAGAGCAGUGAGCUCAAAGAGAAGUACGAGGCGGCGGCAGCAGCAAGCCAGCAGGAGAUUGAGACGCUGAAGGCGUUGGUGGAGGCAAAGAACCAGGAGAUCAGUGAGAUGAAGCAGAAAGUUCAACAGGCCACCAAGGAGAACAUGGAAAUGAUGGACACCUGGAAGGCUAAAUUUGACACUUUGGUGAGUGACCACCAGCGCUCCCUUGAGGAGCUGAAGGCCACACUGAGCGGCGAUCACCCAGCUCCAGAAGGUCAGGAACAGGACGCACAAGAGCUGAGAACCGCUCUGGAGAGCCUGAAGAUGGAGCACCAGCUGGAGGUGGAGAACCUCAAGGCCAAACACAAAAUCGAAGCUGCUAUUCUCACCAAGGAGCGAGAAGACCUCUGUACUCGUCUGCAGGAGGCCAAAGAGCAACUAGCUGAGGGAAACCAGGCACCGAGGACCGAGCAUGAGGCUAAGAGUGGCAAACAUGCGCUGGAGGAGGCUACGGAGAAGCUACAGAGGGCGGAGCAGAGGCUGGCAGAGAUGGAAAAGCACCAGCUGGAGCAGGACAGAGUCACAGUGGAGCUAAGAGAGAGACUGGAGCUGUCAGAGAAGAAGAUGACAGACUACAAGGCGCUGCAGAAAGCUCAGGCUGAGAGCCAGGAAGAGAUCCAGAAACUGGAGGAGAAGCUGAGGGUGACAGCCAACCAGCUCCAGGCCAUCCAGGCUGACCGCUACACAUCCCAUGAUGCAAAUGUGAUAGAAGAUAAUGAAAUAUCAGAUGAAAAGAUGAAGCUAAAACAGAAUACAGAAGAAACAAUGGAGAAGUUGUUAAAAAGAGAAAAAGAAGUUUCAACUCUAACGUCUCAAGUUGAAGCCCUGAAAUCCCAGAUAGCAGCGCUGGAAAGCAAAGCCCGCUCUGGGGAGAAGAAAGCGGAGGCCUUGGCUCGUGAGAAAGCACGUGUGGAGGCAGAACUGGAGUCCAUGACCAAGAAGUCCCACGAUGCCUCCGGGCAGCUGGUGCACAUCAGCCAGGAGCUGCUGAAGAAAGAGAGGAGUCUGAAUGAGCUGAGAGUGCUACUCCUUGAAUCCCAUCGUCACUCACGGGACAUGGAGAAAGAUCUGAGCCGAGAGGUGCACAAGGCUGAAUGGAAGGUCAAAGAGCAGAAACUGCAGGAUGACAUCAAGACCCUGCGUGAAAAACUGCUUCUACUGGGUCGUGAACGUUCCUCACCAGACCACCGGCGGUACUCCAUGCUGGACCCCUCGGCUCUGGACUCAGAGGUGAGCCGCCUCCGCCAGCGGCUACUCAGCACAGAGGACGCCCUGAGGACCGCCCUGGAACACAACCAGCAGGUCGACCAGCUGGUGCAGGCCAUGCGCAGGCAUCCAGAGAAAAGCCCGGCACAUGAAGCAAAUUCAGCCAAUGGAAUUCAUCACCAGGAGGCAGACAGCACUCCAGAUGUUGGCACAACACUGAUAUGAGCAGAAGAAAUAACACUAAACUGGGAUACCAAGAGACUCUCAAUGACGAUGUUUCUCCUUAUUCUGCAACGGGCGCCUGAAGAAACUUUUUGUUUACAGUUAAAACCAAAACAGCGAAUCUCUAUCUGGAGUGAAUUUAUGUUGUUGUUGCAGGAUGCUUCUAUUAGCAAGUCACGAAGACCACUUACAGUAAACUAUAGAAUAUACACAGGACAUGGACGUGAAGAUUUAUUAUCAGUACAGCUCCUGAGAACAAACAAUACGGCUACUUCUGAUGCUUUAUGCUAGUUAGAAAGUCUGAAUCUGCAAGUUGCUGGGGUCUCUGUGACAAUUCUGAAUCUGAAGACUGAAAAUGACUGAAGGACGAUGAUAUGAACUGAAGAACUGGGUCUUUUCUCGUCUUUGUUUUUAUUUAUUACUUUUACUUUGCUCCUCAGCUUUGUAAUAAUCCUUUACGGAUGAGCUGUGUUGGCCUGUGGUACUCCAAGCGACUCUUGAAGGAUGAUAGAGACUGUUUUUUAAAAGGAGUUUGGCUCACUUGUCACUUUUAUUAAAGGUCACAUAUUAUGCAAAGUACACUUUUUCAGGCUUUUCUAACACAAAUUUCUGCCCCUGGCCUGUCAACAAUCCCUCAAGUAAUCAGAAAAAUCUGUUCCCUCACCCCCUCUCUUUCUCCACCUUUCAGAAAAUGUUUGCUGAAACAAGCCAUUCUCAGAUUUUCCCCUCAUGAUGUCAUGUGGGGAGUUAGCCCCACCCCCAGGUUCUGUUGGCCCUCCCUGCUUGGACGAAAGUUCUGCCCUCCUCUCCUGAUCCUCCUCUCAGCUGAUGGCUGAGUCAAGGAUAAGGAGAGCUCAAUCCAUCAAGCCCCAUCCAUUUCCUGAGGGGGGUGGAGUCAUGGGCAGAGUCAGACAGCUCAUUAACAUUUAAAGCUACAGACACAGAAAAUGCACGUUCUGAGCAGGGCUAAAACAGAGGGGGUUUUAGACAUGCAAAAAUCCUAUACUAGAGUGUUUUUUCCAGCAACAGACUUCGCAGGCAUGUUUUGGAGACCUCUAAAAUCAAUAUAAACUUAUCUUAAAGGGGUAAAAUAUGUGACCUUUAACACCUGAUCAGAGGAUUGGUUUUAAAGUCCAUUACAGUUAGCUCCUUUUUAGGUGUUAUUAGUUUUAGUGUUUGACUGGUUUUAGGUGUAACACUCUUCGCUUUUGAACAUUAAAGUUACAUACUGCUCUCAAAGUAGAAUUUAAAAGGGUUUUAUUUCAUUCUAAGUGGUUAAGUGGCAUUUUUUUCAGUUUUAAACAUUUAUACCACCCAUAACUUUCUCAACCACUUACCAAACAUAAUCUACAUCUUUAAUAUGUUUUAACAUUUUUUAAAAAAUGUAUUCUUAAGGUUCUUUUUCAAUCAAAUAUAUAUUAUUUUUGGGGUUAAGAUCAGAAAUAAGUCUGCAAAAUUCUUGAAGUGUCCCCCGCGCCCCCACAAAAAAAAGUAAAUCAGUUGUAGUUUUAAACAAAACAAAAUGUUUCCAUGCAAGAAAAUCUAUUAAAAUGGAAGACUUCCAUCUUGCAUUAUAAACACUUCUACUUUUGAUCCUGUGGGAAAAGAUUUUGCUAAAAGUCAUGCAUUUAUCCUGUUUAUAAUUUUGAUCUUUUUCUUGUUUAACUGCAUUUUUCUAAAUCUUGUUCUAUUUUUAUUGGUACUUGGUAAAUGUCUCAGCAUAUUCUAUCCCUUUCUUUUAUGCAGCAAACAUAGAGUGCAUUCAGAUAGCAUUUAGACCUCCUUCACUUUUUGCAGUGUUGUUAUGAUGCAGCCUGAUGCCACAAUUUCACACUGACAUAAGUAUUCAGACUCUUACUCAGUGUGUAGUUGAAGCACUGAGUCUUUUUGAAUCUGAAUCAUCAAGAUUUGCUGGAUUGGGGGAUUUUCUGCCAAUCAUCUCUACAGAUCCUCUUGAGCUCAGUCAGGUUGGAUGGUGACCAUCAGUCAACAGCUAUUUCCUGGUCUCUCCAGAGAUGUUGAUAGGGUUCAAGUCAGGGCUCUGGCUGGGCCACUGAAGGAAAUUCACAGAGUUGUC